AUGAUGGACGCGGACAGUAGUGGCCUCACCGCUGGACAGGUGUGCCCUCAAUGCGGCAUGUGCUCGGCCGCAUACAAGCCCGAGGAGGACUUCGUGGCCAUUUAUUGUGACCGGUGCAGAAUCACGUCCUGGGCCUCCACCAGCAUUUGCUUGGCGGAUGUCUCUUCUGCUCCCCAGGAGUGUGCCAAUGCCACCUUGGCGGAAAUGGGCUUCGCCUUCACUCUGGAGAACGGCACCAGCGAUGUUUGCACUGGAGGUGUGCAGUGCACCGUGUACACGGACGAGGCGGAUUUCUCCCCGGCCGACUCAAACGCUUCCUGCAAGACCUACGCACUGGCGCAAAGCAGCUGCACAGCUGCCACUGUUGAAGGUGCUUUCUUCAUUCGCUACGGCUUGGCCCCGCUCAUGUUGCCCGCGAUU